GCGACGCCGGACGGCAUGUCGGAGCACGCGGCUCCCGGAGCGCCGGGGCCCGGGCCCAACGGCGGCGGCGGCGGCCCGGCCCCCGCGCGCGGGCCGCGCACCCCCAACCUCAACCCCAACCCUCUCAUCAACGUGCGCGACCGGCUGUUCCACGCGCUCUUCUUCAAGAUGGCCGUGACCUACUCGCGGCUCUUCCCGCCUGCCUUCCGCCGGCUCUUCGAGUUCUUCGUGCUGCUCAAGGCCCUGUUCGUGCUGUUCGUGCUGGCCUACAUCCACUUCGUCUUCUCCCGCUCGCCCAUCAGCUGCCUGGAGCACGUGCGGGACCGCUGGCCGCGGGAGGGCGUGCUGCGCGUGGAGGUGCAGCACAACUCGAGUCGCGCGCCCGUCUUCCUGCAGUUCUGCACGGGCGCCGGCGCGGGCGCCCACGGGAGCUUCCCUGGGCUGGCCUUGGAGCCGGAGGACGAGGACGAGGAGCUGAGCAUGGAGAUGUUCGGGAACAGCUCCGUCCAGUUUGAGCUGGACAUUGAGCCCAAGGCAUUCAAGCCCCCGCGUGGUGAGGCCAACGACAGCCAGGAGUUCCCGUUCUCUGAGACGCCCACCAAAGCGUGGCCGCAGGACGAGUACAUCGUGGAGUACUCCCUGGAGUAUGGCUUCCUGCGGCUGUCGCAGGCCACGCGGCAGCGCCUCAGCAUCCCAGUCAUGGUGGUCACGCUCGACCCCACGCGGGACCAGUGCUUCGGGGACCGCUUCAGCCGCCUGCUGCUGGACGAGUUCCUGGGCUACGACGACAUCCUCAUGUCCAGCGUGAAGGGCCUGGCGGAGGACGAGGAGAAUAAAGGCUUCCUGCGGAACGUGGUGUCGGGCGAGCACUACCGCUUCGUCAGCAUGUGGAUGGCGCGCACGUCCUACCUGGCCGCCUUCGUCAUCAUGGUCAUCUUCACCCUGAGUGUGUCCAUGCUGCUGCGCUACUCCCACCACCAGAUCUUCGUCUUCAUCGGUGAGUCUCGGCCGGGCGGGGGCGCGGUGGGCGCGGCCCCAGCCCUCACCGGGCCCCGCCCGCGCCCUGUGCCCGCAGUGGACCUGCUGCAGAUGCUGGAGAUGAACAUGGCCAUCGCCUUCCCCGCAGCGCCCCUGCUGACCGUCAUCCUGGCCCUCGUGGGGAUGGAGGCUAUCAUGUCCGAGUUCUUCAAUGACACCACCACGGCCUUCUACAUCAUCCUCAUCGUGUGGCUGGCCGACCAGUACGACGCCAUCUGCUGCCACACGAGCACCAGCAAGCGGCACUGGCUGCGGUUCUUCUACUUGUAUCACUUCGCGUUCUACGCCUACCACUACCGCUUCAACGGACAGUACAGCAGCCUGGCCCUGGUCACCUCCUGGCUCUUCAUCCAGCAUUCCAUGAUCUACUUCUUCCACCACUACGAGCUGCCGGCCAUCCUGCAGCAGAUCCGCAUCCAGGAGAUGCUCCUGCGGACCCCGCCCCUGGGCCCCGGGACCCCCACGGCACUGCCUGACGACCUCAACAACAACUCAGGCGCCCCCGCUGCCGCCCCCGACGCCGCCGGGCAGCCCCUCGCGCUGGGCCCUGGCUCGGCCGCCGCCAGCGGGGGCCCUGGGCCUGUGGCCUCGGCGCCCAGCUCCCUGGGGGCCGUGGCGGCCUCCGUGGCGGCCGCGGCCGGGGCCGGGGGCGACCUGGGCUGGAUGGCUGAGACGGCGGCCAUCAUCACGGACGCCUCCUUCCUCUCCGGCCUGAGCGCCUCUCUCCUGGAGCGGCGGCCCCCCGGCCCCCCAAGUCCUAGCGCCCCCCCGGACAGCGCCCCCCAGAACGGCUCUGCGCCGGACACAGCCCCCGUGGCGGCCCCAGGGGGCGGCCCCAGCCCCGCACCCACAGCCCCCGCGGAUGCGCCCUCCGAUGCCGGGUCCUGAGCCGCUGCCUGCAGCUGAGACACCCGACCCUCGGUCCCGGUGGCUUCCCUGGAGCCAGUGGGGGUGGGGACCCCAGGGCCCACCCCUUUCUCUGCCUGCCCGGCCUGCUUUGGUUGGUUUUGGGGUUUCUCCCCGUUUGCCGGGAAGCCAGCCUUCUGCCCCAGGUGUGGGCCGGGCCAGGGGUGUCCCUGCUGGGAGGCAGGUGUGUGUCGGCUUGGAGGAGGGGGUGGGAGGGGCUCGGUGGUUCUGGGAGGGGCUUGGUGGAGGUGGAGCAGAGUCCUGAGGGCGGGCAGCUCUCAGCCGCGGAGGCGAGGUCGGGCCGGGCCGCGGCGGCCAGGGCGUGGGGAUCCGCCUGGUGCUCCCACGGCAGUGCCUUCCCCGCCCGGGCCCCUCCCCGUCGUGCGGGCACGGGGAGGGGGUGCAGGUGCCAACAGCAGGGGUGGUGGCCCGGGCGCCAGGCUCCCGCCCUGCUUGGUGCAGCGAGCAGUGGGCGGCAAACCAAUCAGUCAGGAAUGCAGAGGAGCGCUCAUUCCAUUCUAUUUAAUUGCAGUGUACAAAAUUGUGUUUGUAUAUAGAAUAAACUGUCCCCGGACAGCC